CACCAGCCCCACCCAGACCCCUUAGACCAGCCCCAACCAGGCCCCUUAGACCAGCCCCACCCACAGCCUUUACUCCAGCCCCAACCACCUCAGCCCCUACCGAUUCACCCCCACAAGCGUUCUCAAUUCCGUGUACGUUCAACGACUCUGAGUGCCAAAGGUACGAGGUGUGUGCUCCCGUAAGGGAGAUCGUGGACCUGUGUAUGACAUGCUACGUUGGCGCCCUCCCCAUCGCCGCCUCUGCAAUGUGUCCACCGGGACAACUCUUGAACAAGGGCAGCAAAACCUGCACUUCUCCUCCUACAGCGUCUGAGCUGUGCCCACAAAGCCUCCUGCUGCGAGACAACGAGGUGGUGACGGUGGCACAGCAGUCUGUGGCCGUCCCCAGGACCCUCACUUGCUCCCAGAGCAACCUCCGCCCCUUCGAACCCUGGAUGGUCAGCGAGCACUGUACCAACUUUGAGCUGUGUAACAGUUAUGGGCAGUACAAGGAGACGAGGAUGCUCUGCGGAAACUUCUAUCAGUGCGCGAGGACCCGAGAGGGCCGCUGGGUUUCAGAGAUGUGGCAGUGUUUCGGCGACACCCUCUACAGCUACCAACACGACAGAUGUGUUUCCAAGCCUACAGCUGAUGAGUUGUGUGUGGGGUCGAGUGGUAAAUAGUGAAUGACGCCCCCAAGAAUCUGUAUCCUGAGGGUUAACAAGAGACGCGUGCACGUAUGCACGCACACGCACACGCACACACGCACACACACACAGGAAUGGAAGCUCUCGUAGUGGGGCACGCAUCGCGCCCGUCUGCUGUGUACCUUCCUGCCUAUCACCCACCCCCCACGGUGUCCGGUGUCUCAAAGCUAUACUGUAAAUAAAAUAUAAAAAAAUU